GGCACCUGCUGUGUAAACAGAAAAUAACAAACAAAGCGGGUUGCCCCUGCGUUGCUAUCUAUAAUUUAUGAUCGUCUGCUUUAAACUACUAGAUUCUCAAAAUUUUAAAUAAGUAUUACAUUGAUAACAUGGUUGAUUGUCUUACAAAUGUAUUGCUGACUUUUCUAGAUCUAUGUCAACUUCAUGAAUGAAAGAAAGUAGACAGCGAAGCAAUCAAUGACAUCACGGAUUUCCCUGGUGAUGGAGGAAGAGAAACAUAAAUUGACUGAUGACCUCUGUCAGAAACAACUGGUUGACCCUCAUCAUAUACUAGUGGACGGCCGCAAUUCUAAACAAGGGGAUGGCCAAAAACAGAAAAAUAUGAAUGAACACCUUCAAUUAGCCGCCAUUAUCAAAGGUGUCCACAGACAGUUAAGACGCGAGUAUCGUGCAAAUGCCAAAGAACAUGAAAAAGUCUGGCAACAACAUACAGAAAAUGAAGCCUGCCUGGAGAGGUAUGCCAAGGCCAUGUACAGACUGGCCACAGAGCAUUGGUCAGUGAACCCAGCCACACGAAUACACUGGUGCCGCCAGGUCAUGCUGGAGUAUUUUUUACAGGGGGGGAGGAGGAUAGCCCUAGAGAAAGAUGCUAAGAGGGUGUACCAUGAGAAGCUGAGGAGGAAUCAUCAGAUGAAUGAUGCUGACGCAAGCAAUACAACACCCACAGUGUUUGCCAAUGACAAAAGUUGUGACAGACUUGAAGCAAAUGUUGAAAGUGAUAUCAAACCUGAGAUAAAGCAGUCUGUGACUGGGAAAAUCCGAUUGUUGGAUGUAGGCAGCUGCUACAACCCUUUUCUUGAAUUCGAGGAAUUUGAUGCUGUUGGUAUCGAUCUAAGCCCAGCUAAACAGACAGUCCUCAAAUGUGAUUUCCUCCAGUUAUCUACUUAUGAGCACCCCGACCCCUUGAACUUUGACCUCCAUGACCUGGCCAGCCCAGUGACCCGGCUGCCAGGUCAAAGUUUCCACGCAGUUAUCUUCUCCUUGCUGCUGGAGUACCUGCCCUCCCCCGCCCAGAGGUGGCAGUGCUGUACAACAGCUCACAGCCUGCUGUCCAGCAGUGGGCUGUUGCUGGUCAUCACACCUGACUCCCACAGUCAACAUCGUAACGCCCCCAUGAUGAGAAGCUGGAGACAGGCCAUAGAGUCCAUAGGCUUUAGGAGAUGGAAGUACCAGAAACAGGAUCACAUCCACUGUAUAGCCUUCAGAAAGGUGUGUGACCCACACCCACGCCCCACAGGUGAGGACAGGUUUGUCGACAUGCUCUACAUUCCCCAAGACUUGACUGAUGCCUGCUAUGAUGAUACCCCAUCAGGGCCAGUUGGAGAAGACAACGAGGAAAAACUUAACGAGUUUUUGUCCAUGGCUUCUGAACUUCCAGCUCUUGAGGAUGAUGUAUGAUUAAUUUGUUAAUUAAAUUAAUGUUUGUUUUAAUAGUACAUGUAAUUAACUUUACUAAUGACCAUGAGUAUAUGCAUUUAUAUUUAUUGAUGAAUACAAGUAUUGAUAUGAGAAUAAAAUGUUAAGUUGAACAAGUACAUCAAGUGAUGAGUAUUGACAAAAACAUGUUUAAAAGUAUUUCAAACUUGACCAAAGUUCAUAAGAUAAUAAAUAUUUU